AGAAUAACCUUUUAUCAAUUAAGAAAAAUAGCAUUCUCGCCGGUUCUCUGAUCACAAGCAUCCGUGGUUGGAGCGAGGCCAUGGUUUGAUGGUCCCCAGAGGAGAGAGAGUUUAUUUGGAGGGACUCGAAGAGAGGAAAAAAGAACCAAGGAACCGUUUCCAAAUUCCACCCAACUCCACGAGGUAGUUCGAUUCCAGAGAGAGAGGUGGGGCGCGGGGGGGAAGGGUUGGGUCGAUGAGCUCGUCGGCGGCGUUGGAGUGGAAGUUCUCUCAGGUGUUCGGCGAGCAGUCUCCCGGCGAGAAAGUUGAUGAUGUCGAUUUCAUAUCUGCGGUUGAAUUUGAGAGCAGAGGAGACUAUCUUGUGGCUGGAGAUCAUGGGGGUCGCAUUAUCCUUUUUGAAAGAACAGAUGGGACAAAUCUGCAUCCACGGAAAGAGUUGGAGCACAUGGACUAUCCUGCUACAGUGCAUCCUAGAUAUUUUUACAAGACGGAGUUUCAAAGUCAUGAACUCGAGUUUGAUUACCUGAAGAGUUUGGAAAUUGGGGAGAAGAUCAACAAACUGAGAUUCUGUGCUACACCCAACAAUUCUCUAUUUAUACUUUCUACAAAUGAUAGGACAAUUAAGCUAUGGAAGGUUUCAGAAUGUAAGGUGAAGAGAGUCAAGGAAAUGGAACUAAGUCCAAAUGUUUCCUCAGAAAAUGCACUUCUUUCUGGGAAGAGUUUUGUGGCCGGGCUUAAUGAAUCAUCCAUCCAGAAUGGUUAUCAUCUUGAAUGGAUAGAUAAAAAGCCUAGGAGUGUUUCUCCAGCACCUGAGGAAAGCCCUAACACGAUAUUUAAUGUUGGAGAGAGUUCUGUUGCAAGGUGCCGGAGGGUGUACGCACAUGCUCAUGAUUAUAAUAUCAAUUCUAUAUCAAACAAUAGUGAUGGUGAGACAUUCAUAUCUGCUGAUGACUUCAGAAUAAACUUAUGGAACAUGGAAGUUAGUAAUCGAUGCUUUAACAUUGUUGACCUGAAGCCACUGGACAUGGAGGAUCUCAUAGAGGUCAUAACAUCUGCCGAGUUUCAUCCAGAUUACUGUAAUCUCUUAGCUUACAGCAGUUCAAGAGGUUUUAUCCGAUUGGUUGACAUGCGUCAAUCGGCACUAUGUGACCAGAAUGCAAAAAUAUUACUAGAUCAUGAAGCUCGUGGAUCUAGAUCCUUCUUCACCGAGAUAAUUGCUUCAAUUUCUGAUAUAAAGUUUGCAAAAGAUGGAAGACAUAUUUUAAGUCGGGACUACAUGAAUCUAAAGUUGUGGGACUUGCACAUGGAAAGCUCUCCUAUUGCAAUUUUUAAGAUAAAUGAGUAUCUUCGCCCCAAGGUACUUCAAUUUCUUCUUCGCGGCUUGUAUGGUCAAGGUAAUAGAAGCUUGGGUUAUCUAGUCCAGUUGCUCUUUGUGGUUUCAGUGCCCUGCUCAAGCAGAAACGUGCUUGUGAUUGACAAUGUACUUUAUGGCUUCUCCAGCUAUCUGUGUUAUAUAAUCAUGAUGCUAUUUUCGACAAGUUUGAGUGCUGCAUUAGCAGGGAUGGACAUCACUUCGCAAGUGGAUCUUACAGCAAUAUUUUCAAAGUUUUCUCUCAUGAUGGUGGGCAAGAUGAUGGAAUUACAUUGGAAGCUAGCAGAAACCCAAACAGGGUAUCACAUUGUCGAACUGCCACAAGAACUGCAGGAUUGCUAGCAGCUUUGCCUGUGGACUCAACCGAAGAGGACAUGACAAUACAGGUUCUGAUGCUAGUGAUGAGAUCCCUUGCAACUUGAAAUCCAAACUGAUCCAUUUGGCCUGGCAUCCUACAACAAGCUUAAUUGCCUGUGCUACUAAAUGUAGCUUAUACAUGUACUAUGCAUAGAUCAUUUCAUUUAUUUAUUUACUUAAUGUAUGCUGUGACAGUUGGGGGCAAAAAAGCACAGAGAUUCAAUGUCUAGUUA